GUAGCCUAUCUUUUUCGUUCAUCGUUCAAAUCCGAAAACAGGGAUGGUAUUAAUAACUCUAGGCAAAACUUCAAUCGCGUGAUGAAUUAGAAUUCAAACCGCAAGUCGAGUUAUUAGAAACUAGACUAGAAAUCUCUGAUUUAUAUAUUUAUGUUCGAAUGAAUAAUUUCAUUUCAUUAUCAUUAUCGUUAUUACUUAAUGUUCUGUGAGAAAAUUUUUAGCCAAGAAUCGACGGGCAUUGAACUGAUGUUUUGUUGCAAGCCUAGCCUGUAAUAAUCGGGCGAAAGUUUUCCUCUUCCAGCGCAACAAACAUUGUUUUUUUUUUUUUCUUUUGUCGAGUGGUGCGCUAUCUUGGUUUUGAAAUGAGCGCCAUUGUGGGCGUGGUUUGCCAUCCCUCCCCCAUCCGGCUCACUCGGUUGUGGGAUUUUGUCGGUAGAGUCGACUGUCAUGGCUGCCCCCACAACCUUGACGUCCUUCGUUAGCGUCCUUCAACGUCCUCUUCUUUUCACCUCGUAACCGGUUUCAAUUAAGUUUUACAUCGUGGAAUUCGUGUUGAUAAACAUCGUGACAUUGUGCCCGACGUGAUUGUGCUAUUGAAACGAUCGUUACUUUGUCCAACGGCCAGGUAAUUGGGAUUUUCUCUGACACCAGUCCGCUGGUUCGUUUCCUUUCGUAAGGUCUGUUUUGGUGCGUUCCAAACCGAACGAUACUCGCCUUUAUCAACAACUUUUUCUGCUGCUGGCCAGCGAUAUUUCUCUCUCAUAGCCGAGAGGCACCAGUGUCCACACCCAAAUCCCGUUCGUUGAUUUCUGCCAGAAAAAGCACAGCAGCCAAGUCGUCAAACUGUGUAAAAAAGAAGGAAAUAAAAAUGGAAGAAGAUUGCCGGCCUUUGGGUUCAGAGGGUCACGAUGUCGUCGACGUCGAUGACGACGCCACUUCUGUAACGGACUCUGAGUUGUCGGUAGCUUCGUCGAGUCAUCGCCAUCAGUUGGAUCAUCAGCGGGAAAUUCUGACAUCACCGCCAGAGACGACGACCCACGAAAUCGAUAAGAAACGAACAAAGAAAACGGCCCAAAAAAAGUGCCCGGCAACCAAGAAAAGCCCGUCCAAACCGGCAGCCAAGAAAAAGAAGAAAACGACGACGACGACAAAAACAACUGGCCAAACGGUGACAAGUCACGUCGAUCACGCAGCCGAAACAGCCGGCGAUAGCGGGUCCGAGUCCAGUUGCGGCCUGGAGGCCAGCGUCGAACAGGUGGCGGAUCGUUUCGCCCAGGGCUGCGAAUGUCGCGACGGUGACUCGUGUUUCAGCAACAUCAAUCCCGAAUCGGCUUAUCGACAUCGGCUCAACAUUGCCGAACUGACCCGCAGCGAGCACGACAUGUACCUCAUGGGCGUCACUAUGGCCUCCCUAUCCAAUCCGGAAGAGACGGCCCGACGCACCGAACGGAAACGUUUACACACACAGUAUGUCUUCCAGGGCAAGAAAAUCUGCCUGGAAGCCUUCUUGUACUUGGAGAAUUGCACGCAAUACCAAUUGAAGCGGAUUCGCAAGCACAUCAUGACGCACGGAGUGACGCCUCGCGUGCACGGCAAUCACGGCAAACGGCCGCACAAUCGCUUCUCGCUGGACAUUUAUCAACAGGCCACCGCCUUUCUGCAGAGUUACAUCCAGCGAGCCCAGAACAAACAGUCCGGAAGGAAUAAUCAACCGACCAACAAAACCAAAGGCAAGGAGCGAUCCGCCGCCGUCGUUCUUCCGCCCGACAUCAACUACAAAACGGUUCACUCGGCUUACAAGGAGUACAUGGAACAUUUCGAACCCGGAACCAAAUGGCUGGGAUUCUCGACGUUUCGACACUUUAUGAAGCGGCAAUUUCCGCUGGUCAAGUUCAGCAGUCCGGCGACCAUUCCAUCGGCUUCCGAGCCGCUCCACUCGCCAUCUUACGGCGGGACGUCUUCCGGCGCUUCCAGCGAGCCGAAACACCUGGAACAGCCACCGCCAGUCGUCACCACUGAUCGUGUUGUUGUUGUUGUUGCGGAAGACUCGGCCGUCUGCCAGAAGACAGCGCCAGUGGCGGCGCCUGCGCCAGCUACUCCACCUAGUCCAGCGGAGGAGGAGGAGGAUGUUCCGCUCGAAUGUCGGCCGGCUCCAGUCUGAUCGAUGAAGCUUCGAGAUGGCGCUGCCAUAGACUUUGUGUGUGUUGAUAUCGCUCCCCCCUUCGCUUCUUCUUCUCUAUUGCCGAGUAUGUACUAUACGACAUGCGAUGCGUGUGCUUAUUGCCCGCGUUCCGAAUCUCCUGGCUGCUUUUACGUUUUGCCCACCGCAUUCUGUACACCAUCUUCCUCCGACUCGGAGCUCACAUCUGUCGUUACUCCCUUUGCUCUUUCAUCGAUUGGUUUCGACAGACAACAAAAUUUGAAUUGGUUCAGGAAUUGUCUUAACCGCUCUGCCAUCCUCCUGUGUGCCCGUGAUUGUAUAUAUAACUCUCCUUUAUAAGUGA